AUGUCCACAUCCAUCCUCUCAUCACAGGUCAAGGACCAGUCCUUGAUCGUCUCAUCCGGUCUCGUCAACGGCGAGUGGAGGACAGGCGCCAACGGCAAGACCUUCAACGUCUCCGAACCUUCCACCAACACCACUCUCCUCGAAUGCGCCGACCUCGACAAGCAGGACUUCGUCGAUGCCAUUGCCAGCGCCAAGAUCGGAACCAAGGAAUUCCACGAGAACACAACCGCCAAGGAGAGAGGCGCUCUCCUGCGAAAAUGGUACGACCUGAUCAUCGCCAACUCCGCAGACAUCGCAACUAUUCUCUCCCUCGAGAACGGAAAGACUCGCGCCGAGGCCGAGGGUGAGGUCAAGUACGCUGCUGGCUUCAUCUCCUGUUAG